AUGGAUUAUUCAGAGAAUAGAGGUCGCUCAAGAGCGGCUAGCAGCGCAGCCCCUGCCCUCCAGCGCAUCAACACGGCCUUUGGCAUCGCCUCUGCCGAAACCAAACGAACGUCCGAUGUCCUCGAAGCCUCCGCCGUCGACAUGGAAGACAAUAUUCCCACUACAACCACUGGCGAAGUCACAUCAUGGUACAUCUACAGCAUCGGUGCCAGCGGUAUCGGCUUGCUCUACUUUGCCACCGCAGCUUUCCAGAAUCUCCUCGAACAAGCAGCGCUCGGUCGUGGAGGCGAGCUCAUGUUCAUGGGUUCUAUACGCGAACCUGCAUCUAUCGUGCUACUUGCCAACAGUAUCUCGUUUGCCAUCCAGGGUGUCCUCACCAUACUCAUUGACGUAUAUGCCGACUUUGGUACCGGCCGUCGUUGGAUCAUCAUUAUCUGGUCAGUUCUUGGAUGGGCUGUGAGUUUUGCGUGGCUCGGUGUAUACGAGCGACAAAAUUGGGAGGCCGGCGUGGCCUUAUAUAUUCUCGGUAUGAUUGCCUUUCAACUAUCCACUACAUAUUGGACGGCAUCGUUCCCAGCGCUAGCUCGCAACAGCCAGACCAUUAAAGACUCUAUGCUGUCGUAUCGCCAAGGCGAUAUUAGCGGCGAAGAGCUGGAUAAGCGAGAGCAAAUGGAAAGAUCGCGCCUCAGCAACGUCAGUUUUACUAUCCAGUCUAUUGGCGCAGUGGUUAUCUUGGCCAUUUCUAUUGGAAUCAUGCAUGCGCUGCGUGCAGACUCGGGUACUCGGGCAAACAACUGGGCAUUCUCUGUGGUGAUUGCCUUUGCUGGUGUCAUGUGGCUCGUUCUGUCGCUACCUUGGUUCAUCAUGGAAAAGACUCGCGCUAGUCUACCGCUUCCUGCUGGCAAAACAUAUCUCACAGUCGGUGUCUGGCGAUUUGUCGAAUCGUGCAAGCAAAUCUGGAACCUCAAGCAGAGUCUCUUUUUCUUGCUAGGUUUCUUCAUGAUUGGAAACUGCUUCAUCACGUCACUCGUGCUGAUCGUCAGCAUUCAAAACAACAUUAUCCAGUUCAACGCCUACAAAGUGGCCAACCUACUCUUGGUCUCGCUCGCUUCUCAGGCGGCAGGUAUUGCCAUGUACUGGCAAACUCAGAAAAAGCUUAGACUCUCUGUCAAAACUAUGUUCAACGCCACCAUGGUUUCCGUACUGGUGGUCUGCAUCUGGGGUAUGGUUGGAAACUGGACACGGCGCUUUGGUUUCCACCGCGAGUGGGAGCUCUGGGCGUUUAGCAUCUUUAGCGGCCUGUUCAGCAGUCCGUUUUUUAGCUACGGGCCGCUCAUGAUUAGCUGCGUCACUCCCAAGGGUCAUGAGUUUCUCUUCUUUUCCUUGUUCAAUACGGUGGGCAAGGCGUCUGUUUUUCUGGGCCCCAUGGUUGCCAGUGCCAUUAUUGAUGUGUCGCCGAUGAACCGCGUCCAUACACCAUUUUAUUUCCUGGUGCCGCUUACAGUGGUGAGCAUUAUUGCCAUUUGGGGUUUUGUUGAUUUGGAGAAGAGUGCAAAGGAGCAGGAAUUAUUUCUUGCAAAGGAACAAGCAGUACAAGAAGAGUUGAAGCAGUAA